UUUAUCGAUGUGAAUUGUGUUUAAACAUGUUUUUCAACUAGAAAAUGAUCCUUCCCAUCGUUUCAAGAUAUUUUCCUCGCGUUUUAUUUAUGGACUGAUGAAUUAUUAACAAAAAAGUGUUUGUCCGCGUUCACGUUCACGGGAACUCUAAACCUACUUUAAUGUGACAUCAGCCUUAGUUUGAUACUGGGAUUGAAACUGAACAAAAACGAAUUCGCUAUUAGCGUCGAUGCUAAUGGCGCGUUUACAUCAGAGAUAUCUACAGCUAUUCACUAGAAAAUAGAUGUAAACGGGUGAAAACAUAUAUGAUACGCUUCUUCGAGAAUCUGAUAUGAACCCAGAGAAUGAUGAUAUCGAUGAAGAGAUUCGCACUCUUAUUUCGGAGUCGAUCGAUCUUGCCAAUGAGCUGAUUGCAGUCACUGUUCAGGAGGAACUAGGAAAAACCAAACUGUCCGUGCUCAAAGAACUGGAAAACGAAGUGGAAAACUAUGGUCGUCAGAUUGCUAACUACACGAAUCGUUUGCAGCGCCUGGAACUAUUGGAACAGGGAGUACUACAUCGACUGAAUCAAUGCUGUGCAUUUACGAAAGAAUUCGAUCUGGUGAUUGAUUCCUUUCAAGCGAAGGUCGCGCAAUUGGACGAACUGCUUGAGAAGAGUAUAACAUUCGAGUGUUCCAAGUUGCUAGCGAAAGAAGUGUUUCAAAAGCUGUAUGGAUAUAAAGAGGAACUGAAUCAAUUGGAGAUACAAAUUGGACAAACCGUAGCUUUGAUCAACGAAGAAGAGAAUCGAGAAGUAGUGCAAACUUUGAGUCAUCUGAAGCGGAAAACUUCUAAGGUCAAACAGGACAUGGAAAACCUGAAAGGAUUGAAUAGUAUGCAUAAGCAAACUGUGGUAGGCUUCUCGAACAAGAUUUAUUACGAUGUUGCGUGAAAGGUAAAACAAUUCGUUCUAAUAUUGGCUUUGGUAUUUAUUUCCAACAAUGUGUUAAUAAAAAAGUAUAUUUGAUUUAAUGGAUUAA